AUGCGGGGAUGGGGUGAUCGUGAAAGGUCUUAUAAUGAAGUUAGGCAACUUCAGGUGAACUUCUGGUCAACUGAUGGUAAACAAACAACCGAGAAGACGAACGUAAAAAAGAGGCAGACAAAAGCAACGCAAGCCCAAAUCGAUUACAUGGUAGAUUAUUUCAUACAACAUCUACAUGUUGCAACUGGAAAAUUUAAUACCCUUCAGGGAAAUUCCGAUUUGAGGGCAUCAUGGGAGCAAUUAGUGUCCGAUUUGAAUAAAAUGUCAAAAGAUGGGAAGACAAAGGAUAUGAAAUCAUGGAAAUCGACAUGGAGAGACAACAAGACAGCUGUUUCACAAAAAGUAGCAAAGAUUCGGGAAAAUCGAGUUACAACAGGAAACCGUAGCGGCCCUCCACUGAAAUUGACUGAGCGAGAGGAAAAAAUAUUGGGGAUUAUGGGUUUCGAUUAUGUCGAAGGCGUCCAGUGCCCUGAUUCUUUUCCUGAGGAACAACUGUCAAAAUAUUCCGCAAGCAAAGAAUUAUUAUCUCAAGGUCAGAAUGAAGUUUUAGAAAACAUUCCUGAGAUGAUUACAGUGCGGGACAGCAAUGGCGUCAUAAGCACCAACUUUACAGAUUGCGAAAUAAUACAUGAGUUUCAAGUAGCAGAAAACGGUGAGCUUCUUCACGCACAAAUGCCAAAUUCACAAACUGCUUCAACAGCAAAGGAACAAACAAUGGUGGAAUCAGAAAUAAUGCAAUCACCGGAAACAAAUCCACGUAGGAACAUUUCCGAACAGUUAAAAAGAAUUCAGCCAGCAAGAGUCACAAAACGGGGUCGAAAAAGAUUGGCCAUACAAUUGACUGAUGCACGAGAAGAUUUCAGUGCACUGACUGAACGCCAAAUUACGUGCAUGGAGAUGUUCGCGCAAAUUUUGAAACAAAUAUCCGAUAACAAAGAGCGAAAUGAGAUUCUGCGUGCUUUCAUAGAAACAGAAAGAACUCGUGAUAAGACGUACGCAGAGCUAAGUGCAAUAAUUAAAGAUUGCAUUGAUGUUCUUAGUAAAAAAAUUUUAAACAUUUAAAAAAUUAACAUUUUGUAUUUUUGCUGUUAAGUUGGAUCUAAUAGAUCUUAGUAUAUAUUCUCAUAGUUUAUAUUUUGUUAUAUUUCAAAAUGUUAUUUAAAAAAAUG